ACGUAGGUAUAUAAAUUACCGCACUUACUAUACUCUUAGAAAGUGAGUCAUUGUUAACACGUCGUGCAAUUUCAUACACGACAGCGAACAUAUUUUAUACCAUUUAUGUUAUCAUGAAAAUGAUCUUUGUAAUUACAUUUCACGAAUAUACCUAAAUAUACUAGUAAUCUACUUUCAAUAUGAUCAAAUAUCAAAUAAAAAAGCUAAAUAUUCUAAUCUGUUAUUGAUUUGAUUGUUACUUUUAGUUUCCAAGCAUUUGAAUAUGGCGCUUCAAGGUACCAGCACGGCGCAUGCCCACAGAAUUAAGAAUCAAUAGAGAGACAGUAGCAUUUGUUUGUUGCUGCAAGUGGACGUUAUUUGCUGCUAUAAGAUUUGUGUAUUCUGUGAAUGCUGUAGGUCUAGAGGAGUUUUGAUUGUUGGUGUCAAGGUGCAGUGGCCGUGGCGGACGGAGAGAAUACAGGUUCGGCGGCGGUCGGCGUCGGCCUCGCCGUGAAUAGCAAGGUGUACCCGAGGCCGGGGGCGGCGCGGGGCGUGUGGGCGCUCCCGCAGCCGCCCCCCUGCAACAUGGCGGCCGAGGAGGCGCUGCCCGCCUGCUCCCCGCUCUCGCCGGACACUCCCGCCGCGCCCCCUCGCAUCACCACCAACUUCACACAUCUCUCGGAUCUACAUCAACUCAUCUUCGAGGCUGUCCGAUCCGGAGAAGUGUGUGAGAUAGAGAAGGUGGUGGAGAAGUUGGGUGUGGAGGUGCUGAGCGCACGUGACCAGCACGGCUACACGCCCGCACACUGGGCUGCUCUCGACGGCAGCGUCGCCGUCAUGCGCUACCUCGUCGAGAGUGGCGCGCCGGUCGACCUCUCGUGUUUGGGCACACAGGGACCAAGACCAAUACACUGGGCGUGCCGAAAGGGUCACGCGUCUGUUGUCCAAGUGCUGCUGCAAUCUGGGGUCGCAGUCAAUGCAGCUGAUUUUAAAGGUCUAACCCCUCUAAUGACGGCAUGUAUGUACGGUAAGACAGCAACCGCGGCGUAUUUACUGGGCAUGGGCGCGGCGACUCGUCUCUCUGACAUCAACGGCGACACCGCAUUGCAUUGGGCCGCCUACAAAGGGCACGCUGAUCUCGUGCGCCUACUGAUAUACUCCGGUGUGCCUUUACACUGCACGGAUAAUUUCGGAUCAACGCCUUUACAUCUCGCCUGUCUCUCCGGGAACCUCACAUGUGUUAGAUUGCUAUGUGAAAAGGUCAAAGCGGAAUUAGAACCUCGCGACAAGAAUGGCAAAACGCCAUUAAUGCUGGCGCAGAGCCACCGACACGCCGAGGUUGUCAAACUGCUGCAGAAGGAGAUGAAAAGGAAAUCGCACUGGAUGCCACCACUCUCUGAGCUCUGGGCGCUACUAUUUGGCGGCGCGGGAGACUCCAAAGGACCGUUAUUGUUCUUCUUGGUAUCCGUCCUGCUGUGGGGCUAUCCGAUGUACAUAAUAAGGUGCAUACCACUAACAUGGAAUACAUUACGUCUAUCGCAUUACUUCUUCUUAUACUGGAACGUAAUAAUGUGGCUGAGCUGGGUGGUCGCCAACCGGCGCGACCCCGGCUACAUCCCGCAGAACUCGGAGACAUAUUACCGCGCUAUUCGACAGAUACCUUACUACGAUAAGUGGAAGAAACGAAACGUUAUCCUGUCACGUUUGUGUCACACUUGUCGGUGCCUAAGACCUUUGAGAGCCAAACAUUGUCGGAUUUGCAAACGUUGCGUUGCGUACUUCGACCAUCACUGUCCUUUCAUCUACAACUGCAUCGGCGUUCGGAACCGAAUGUGGUUCUUUUUAUUCGUCAUGAGCGUUGCAAUCAACUGCACAUUAUCUAUAUACUUCGCAUGUUAUUGUCUGUUCUUAGAGGGUUUUGGUUUAUUGUACAUGUUGGGACUUUUAGAAGCUAUAACGUUUUGCGCGCUCGGCUGGAUCCUCACUUGCACUUCUAUCCUCCACGCGUGCAUGAACCUGACUACUAACGAAAUGUUUAAUUACAAAAGAUACCCAUACUUGAGGGACAAGAGAGGACGCUACCAGAAUCCAUUCUCUCGAGGACCUAUCAUGAACUUCAUAGAAUUCUUCGUCUGUCUCCCGGAUAAGUACGAUGAACAUGACUUCUUCUAUGAUGAGAGCAUUUGAUACGAAGUGCGCUGACAAAGCGACUGCAGCCUGUCGCGGAAGAAGGCAAAGGAAGCUGUCAUCUUGUCGCGUCAGGCUCAAACGUGCAGGAAUGCUAAGACUAAGUUUGCAGUUUAACGCUUAAUAAGACUUUGAAGGCAUUUGCCUCACUUGCUGAAAUUAUAUUUAAUUUAGAAGUGGCUGCGCAGGAAUAUUUGCAAAGGAUUCGUUGUAAAGAACUUAAAACUUGUGUGAUUGCGGGAAUUAAGUGCCGAUUGUUCUAUA